AUGGUUUCCCAAUCACCAAGUACAACCUAUACUACGGUUGCUACCACUCCUGUUACCUCUUCUUCAAAAUACAAUCAUCAAACUACCGAGCCUUCCGCAUCAUCUUCGUCGGUAAAUUACCAACAACCACAUGGCCAGUGGAACCCUGCAGAUAUGAGUGAUAUACCAUUUGCUGCAACUUUAUAUCCAACCGAAGAGGAAUUUGUGAAGCCUAUUGAAUAUGUUGAAUCCAUCAGACACAUUGGAGAAAAGUACGGAAUUGUCAAGAUUGUACCUCCAGAGAAAUACAAGCUAGAGCCAGCAGAAGACUUUGCUGAUCUAGAAGUGAGUGCAAGUGCAUUUAAAUUCAUAUGCAAACUCCAAAAUAUUAAUCAGCUUCAAUUUAGAAAUAUUGAACAAAAACGAAAAUUUGAAAUGAUGAUCAGAAAUGGAGAGUUUCCUUCAAAUAAUAAUAAUGACAACACCACAGAGUCUUCAUCAUCGCACGAUACAUCUGAUGAAACAACUCAAAGCUUGAAACGAAAAUUAGAAGAACUCUUUCCAAACUCUGAAACUCUUGAAAAGAGACUGAAGAACAGUCCCACGUCACACAUAAAGACUGAGCCAACAACAUCAGCCUCUUCAAGCAAUGAUUCGGAAAGCAAUUCUGGUGCUAGGGAUGAUAUGUUUGGAUUUGAAAGAACAAAGAAACCAAUUUCAUUGAAAAAGUAUAAGGAAAUGGCAGAUAAAUUCUACAGAGAUUAUUUCACGGAACGAAUUGAGCAGGGUACAAGUGUCGCCUUACCACAGAAAGAAAAAAAGAAGCUUGCUAAAAAUGGAGGUCUCAAAAAAGUGGAAGGAGUAAAUUAUUUGGAAGACAUUAACAACAUUACAGCGGAUGACAUUGAACGUGAAUAUUGGAGAAUUGUUCAUCACCCAGAAGAGCAAGUUCAAGUACAGUACGGAAAUGAUUUACCAGUGUCCGAGCACAAGUCAUUCUUUCCAUCAAGCUGGAAGUGUGGCUGGGAUGCUAACUUACUUCCCAAGCUUCCUGAUUCGUUACUUUCAUUCCUCAACAUUGACAUUCCAGGAGUGAACAUUCCAAUGCUGUAUAUCGGCAUGCUGUUCAGCUCAUUCUGCUGGCACGUUGAAGACCACUUUAUGUUUGCCUUAAAUUUCAUUCAUCACGGAGCUGGAAAGCAAUGGUAUGGAAUCCCUGCGUGUGGAGCUGACAAAUUCGAGCAAGUUUUCCGUAAAUUGUUUCCUCACUUGAUUGAUGGACAACCAGCCAUUUUACACAUGCUUGUGACCCAGAUCUCUCCAGCUAUUCUCGCAAGAGAGGGCGUACCUGUCUACAAAUUGCACCACGAACCAGGUACCAUAGUGGUGACUUUCCCAAGAGCUUAUCAUGCUGGGUUCAAUCAAGGAUUCAACAUUGCAGAAUCAGUGAAUUUUACAUCGUGUUCAUGGCUUCAAUACAAUAGAUUAGCUAUGAGCAAGUAUUACGAGUGCAAAAGACCAACUACAUUUCCAUCAGAGCAAUUAAUCAUUUCGGCAGCUACUUCCAUACUUUCAGGAAAGAGACAAAAAGGUUCAUCUAAAUUCUUCGAUGCAACAUGUAGAUUCAUGAAAGAGGAGCUAGAGAACAUUUCUAACAGUGAGAACGAGUUGAGAAGCGAGCUACUUCAACUGAUUUCUGAAAAAGCAGCACGUCAAAUGCCAUGCAUUUCGAACAGAAACAUUGAAAAACUGAGGACAUGCUCCCAGAAAGAUAAUAAUAUUCGGUGUUGUGAAUGCAACUCGGACUGCUAUAUUAGUGCAGUAACAAUGAAGGAAAAGAAGAAGGAGAAUCAUUAUUGUUUACGUUGUGCGAUCAAACGAGCCAAGGAAGAUAAGACCUUUGCCACCAAGUGCCACAUCAUUGAGAGGUUGAGCGUCGAAGGUUUAGGCCAGCUUCACGAAAAAUUUGAAAAAUUACUGCAGUCACUCUCUGUAUCGAGUGAAAACUAA